AUGGCAGGCAGCAAGAAAACCGUCAUUGAGGAGAGAAGGAAGGCGGUGGACGGCGUCGUUUCCGGACGGCGGAAGAGGGCCCGAGAAGAUUCUUCGACGGGAUACGACGUCGUUUCCGGGAGGCAGAAGGAGGCCGGAGAAGACGCCGUGACGGAGGAGGAGGUGGAGGAGUUCUUCGCGAUCUUGAGGCGAAUACACGAGGCGGUUACGUACUUCAAGAGAGCUGGCAAAGGCAACUGGCGUAAGUUAAUGGAAAAUGAUCUCGAGGGGGAGGGGCACGAGGAAGUUAAUGGCGUGCAAGGAGAGGAACAACGCAAGAGGAAGGAGGAGGGCAUCAAGGAGAAUGCGGGUUUGGACUUGAACUUGGAUCCGGAUCCAGAUUGUGAGCCGAUUUAG